GCGGCGAGCGAUGGAUGAGGAAAACAUGACGAGGAGCGAGGAGCAGCAGCAGCUGAGUUUGCAGAAGGCGCUGCAGCAGUGCGAGCUGGUCCAGAACAUGAUCGACAUCAGCAUCUCCAACCUGGAGGGGCUCCGCACCAAGUGCGCCGCCUCCAACGACCUCACGCAGAAGGAGAUCCGCACCCUGGAGAGCAAGCUGGUCAAGUACUUCAGCCGGCAGCUCUCCUGCAAGAGGAAGGUGGCCCUGCAGGAGCGCAACGCCAAGCUGGAGGGCUUCCCCCAGCUCCUGCACUGGUUCCGCAUCGUCGACAUCCGCAAGGAGGUGAUGGAGGAAAUAGCCCCAGGGCAGCUGAGCCUGGAGGAGCUGCUGGAGAUGACUGAUGAUCAGGUCUGUGAGACGGUGGAGAAGUUUGGGGCCAACAGUGAGGAGUGCGCCCGCCUCAACGCAUCCCUCUCCUGCCUCCGCAGCGUCCAUAAGUCUGGCGGCAGCCUCUCCAAGCAGGACUGGACCAUCCAAUGGCCCACGACGGAGCCGGGCAAGGAGAACCAGCCAGGCUGUCCUCAAGAACCCGCCCCAUGGAGCCGCAUGCACCUCUCGGCCAGCCCCAAACCCCCCGCCAAGUGCGCCCAGCACCACUGCCACGGCCCCCUCUACACCCAUGUGGACCGCCUGACUGUGGAGGGCCACCCUGGGCUGUGUCCCCCCGUGGAAUCCGGCCACCGUUCCCUGCCUCCCUCCCCUCGGCAGCGGCACGCCGCUCACACCCCACCGCGCACCCCCAACAUCGUCACCACCAUGACACCGCCGGGCACGCCGCCGCUGCGCCGCAGGAACAAGCUGAAACCCCCCGGCACCCCCCCACCUGCCUCCCGAAAACUCAUCCACCUCCUGCCUGGCUUCACAGCCCUGCACCGCAGCAAGUCGCACGAGUUCCAGCUGGGGCACCGCGUGGACGAGGCGCACACCCCCAAAACAAAGAAGAAGAAUAAGCCCCUCAACCUCAAGAUCCACAACAGUGUGGGCAGCUGUGAGAACAUCCCUGCGCAGCGCUCACCGCUGCUAUCCGAGCGCUCCCUGCGGUCCUUCUUUGUGGGCUACCCUCCCUUCCUGCCCUCCACACCUCCUGUCCACACUGAAGCCACCUUCUCUGCAAAUACGCUGUCAGUGCCUCGCUGGUCCCCACAGAUCCCCCGCCGAGACCUGGGCAACUCCAUAAAGCACAGGUUCUCCACCAAGUACUGGAUGUCCCAGACCUGCACCGUCUGCGGGAAAGGAAUGUUGUUUGGCUUAAAGUGCAAAAACUGCAAGCUCAAGUGCCACAACAAAUGCACCAAAGAGGCCCCUCCGUGCCACCUGCUCAUCAUCCACCGCGGAGGGAGACGAGCCGUGCGGGGCGAGGCAGAUUUGCAUUGCAAACCGCUUCCACCCACCCUCCCCCUGCCACCUUUUCUUUUCAGAUUCCCCACCGCACGGGCACGGUUGGUGCGGACCGAGUCGGUGCCCUGUGACAUCAACAACCCCCUGCGCAAGCCCCCGCGCUAUUCAGACCUGCACGUCAGCCAGACGCUCCCCAAAACCAACAAGCUCAACAAGGAUCACAUCCCGGUGCCCUACCAGCCGGAUUCCAGCAGCAAUCCCUCCUCCACCACCUCCUCCACGCCAUCCUCGCCGGCCCCACCACUGCCACCCAGCGCCACGCCGCCGUCCCCGCUGCACCCAUCCCCGCAGUGCCCACGCCAGCAGAAGCAGUUCAACCUGCCAGCCUCCCAUUACUACAAGUACAAGCAGCAGUUCAUUUUCCCAGAUGUGGUGCCUGAGACGCCAACCCGAGCCCCACAGGUGGUCUUGCACCCCGUCACAUCCAACCCCAUCCUGGAAGGAAAUCCAUUACUUCAAAUUGAAGUGGAGCCCACGUCAGAGAAUGAGGAAGGCACCGAGGAGGCUCAGGAGUCAGAGGACGACUUUGAGGAGAUGAACCUCUCGCUCCUCUCCGCCCGCAACUUCCCCCGCAAAGCCAGCCAGACCAGCAUCUUCCUGCAGGAGUGGGACAUCCCCUUUGAGCAGCUGGAGAUCGGCGAGCUCAUUGGCAAGGGCCGCUUUGGGCAGGUCUUCCAUGGCCGCUGGCACGGGGAAGUGGCCAUCCGUCUCAUCGACAUCGAGCGGGACAACGAGGACCAGCUGAAGGCUUUCAAGAGGGAGGUGAUGGCGUACCGGCAGACGCGGCACGAGAACGUGGUGCUCUUCAUGGGAGCCUGCAUGAGCCCUCCACACCUUGCCAUCAUCACCAGCUUGUGUAAAGGACGGACUCUCUACUCGGUGGUGAGAGACGCCAAAAUCGUCCUGGAUGUCAACAAGACGAGGCAGAUAGCACAGGAGAUUGUGAAGGGCAUGGGGUACCUGCAUGCCAAAGGAAUCCUCCACAAAGAUCUCAAGUCCAAAAAUGUUUUCUAUGACAACGGGAAGGUUGUGAUCACGGACUUUGGCCUCUUCAGCAUCUCGGGAGUUCUCCAAGCAGGCAGGAGGGAGAACAAACUGCGGAUCCAGAAUGGCUGGCUGUGCCACCUGGCCCCUGAGAUCAUCCGCCAGCUCUCGCCCGACACUGAGGAGGACAAGUUGCCCUUCUCCAAGCACUCGGACGUCUUUGCUCUGGGCACCAUCUGGUAUGAGCUGCAUGCACGAGAAUGGCCCUUCAAGACACAGCCGGCGGAGGCGAUAAUAUGGCAGGUUGGGCGAGGGAUGAAACCCAACCUCAGCCAGAUCGGGAUGGGCAAGGAGAUCUCGGACAUCCUGCUGUUCUGUUGGGCCUACGAGCAGGAGGAGCGACCCACCUUCACCAAGCUCAUGGACAUGCUGGAGAAACUGCCAAAGCGCAACCGUCGCCUUUCCCACCCUGGGCACUUCUGGAAGUCAGCAGAGCUGUGACAGGAGGAGCUGAGGGAUGGUGCCUUCCUCCCCUGCGUUUCUCCUCUUCCUCGCUGCUCUCCUUCAUGUGCCAAGGAAGGAAGAGCGGUGGGCACUGUGGGAUGGACUGGGAUGGGAUAGAACCACCACAGCCUUUCCCUGCACUGAAGAGGAACUGAUGGGCAGAGACGCGUGGGGACACCGUGGUGGCAGGCAGACAGCAGGGGCCGUGCACACAUGGGGCUGCAGGGCUGCUGGGCCCGAGAUGUGCGAGGGCAGGUGGCUUCUGUUCAACCCCCGGGCUUCUCCGAUCCCAGUCGGUAUGGUCCGUGCUCACAGCACUCUUUUGGGGCUUGCUUUUUUUCAUUCUAGGGGAUUUUAUUUAAUUUCCUAGUGUUUUUAUUUUAAAAGUAGAAAGCUAAGGGGGGAGAGCUGCUGAUCUGUGGGUUUGUGUCGCUGCUGUUAGCUGCUCCCUGCAGGGAAAUGCACCCACAGUGCCCCCUCCUCGGCCCCUCACCAUGGCAAUGGUGACCUUUCACAGGUGGCUCUUUGCUCCUGGCUGUGCCCAGGUCCUCCCCAGGCUGUCCCUCUGCAGGGCCCAGCUCCACAGCCUCACUAGCUCAUCCCUGUGCCUGGCACGGAGCUCAUCUGCCACCCCUUCCACCUUGCCUUUCUCCUCCUCUCCCUCUGGUUACAGCCGUGGGGUGCUGAUGUCUGUUUGUCAGAUGCUGUGGGCUAUGUUGGGUUUUAGGACUGGUGGAUGGAGCAAGGGGAGCAGUCUCUGGUUGUACAGAACCAGUGCCCCCCUCCCAGCCCCAUAGCCAUCCCAUGCACCCGCAGCCAGAGCACAUCAGCUGUGCUUUGUGCUGCCAUCCGAGCACCUCGUGCUGGUGUUUCCCUCCCCCUGAGCCCAUUCUACAUGAGCUGUCAUCACGGCAGUGGAGAGAAAAUUGUGUUUUCGGGAUCCUAUUGAGCAUAAUUGCUCGUUGGGAGCCAUCCUGAAUAAUUCAGCCGUUCUGUAAGUUGGCUUGAACUCAGAGAUGUUGCAAAGCAAUCGGCCUUGUAUGUCUCAAACUGUUGGUGUCUGAACCACUUUAUCCAAAAUGAAUGAAGGUUAAAGCCCUCUGUUCAGUGCUGGGCAGAUCAUUACGUGAGCAGAGAUCCUGAAGGUCCUUCCUAAGAAUGUCCUGGUUCUUUGGACAAGGCUCAGGCUGGUUCUUUUCAGGUAGUUUCUGUGCCACAUGGUUGCCUCCUGGCUGUUUGCACAAAGGAUGGAAUUUCUCAUCGCCUGCCCUCCCCAACACAACCCAGAGCCCUGUCCUACCCCAACCUUCUUCUGCUGUCUUCUGCUGCCUUCCCAGCUGAACAAUUCUCUCUCCAUCCUCUCUGUGUGUGCCAUAAGCAUUGCACUGAACCUCAGAGCCUCUCUGACUUCUCACCAAUGCCUUCAUCCAGGGGUCUGUGGGUGCUGGGGAUGGGGCUGUUCCAGUGCCCUGUCCCCUUCUGUCCUGUCCAGAACCAUGCCCAUGUUGAGUGACAGAUGCAGGAGCAACGCACGGCUCUUGGUUUUGUUUUCCAAGGAGGUGUGAACCCUCUAGGUGUGAAUUGGAAUGAUGGAGGCGAUGCUCAACAGUGGGGCGACAAAGCCUGAUAGAAUGCCGUGCAGGUUUGCAAUGGGAUGCAAUCAGUCUUAAAAGCCUUGCUGUGGGUGUGCUUUGUGCCCCAAGCCUUCUGCUGACCGCUCCUCACGGGGUCCCCCCUCCCCUGUUUGUAGAUGUCCCUCAGAUGAGUGCUGUUGGUUGGGGCAUCCUGCUGCCCCGGUCCUUGUAGAAAUACCACACGUCUCCCUGCUGCCCCUUGGCCAUCCAAAGGAGCUGGGUAAAGCUAUGGCCAACAACUGUGCCCAGCCCAACUGCCCGCACUGCCCCUUUUUCCUCCCAGGAGCAUUUCCAUCCAAGGGAGCCAUUACAAAACAGCACCAACAGAAGGAGCUGCCCUGUAUUUAUCCAUCCACAAGCCCAGACAAGCAGCUCCCUUCCUUCCAUUCAGCACAGUAGCGGCUGUUGGUACAGCCGUGCUAUUUGCAUCAAUGCCUUCUUAUUUUUGAAAGUCUUAAUUAUAAAAACAAUAUAUUUAUAUUUUCUCUCUUUUUUUUUAAGUCCAGCUUUGUGCCUGGAUCUGUGUUGCUUUGUUUAAAUUAUUUUAAAUAUCUCAGCCCUUCCACAUGGAGUGAAGGUGGGAGCCGCUCUGCGCAACGCCUGCCAAUGGGCGCCCACCCAACAACAUGCGUGGGGUUUGGAGGCGGGUUUGGGAGGCGUGGGGAUGGGCGUGGGGCACUCUGAGAGCAGCUCCACGUGGGGGAAGCCGUCCCAUGGCGCAUCCUCAGCCCCUGCAUGGCCCCACACUGUGCGCCGUUGGGUUGCUCAACCAGGCUGUGCUUGGCCACCGCUGUGUGGCACCCAUUGCUUGCGUCGUUCCUAGGUUUAUUUAUUUUAACUUAUUUAAGUUAUUUUAACUUAUUUUUGUGUUGCAAACGGUGAUUCUUCUGGGGAGCUUUGCCAGCCUUCUUGAUUUCCGUUCCCUUUAAACGGCGCUGUUACAUUUUCACAGAAUCACAGAACUGUAGGGGUUGGAAGGGACCUCCAGAGAUCAUCGAGUCCAACCCCCAGUUUUCCUGUACAUAAGGUAUAUAUAAAUAUAUAUACAUAUCUCCAUAUGUAUGUAUAUAGAUAUAUACAUAUCUAAAGAGCUCGAAAUCCUGUACAGUUUCAAACUGAACUCGGUGGCUGCUUUGUUUUCUCCGUGUUAGUUCCGACCGUUGCAGAAUGAGCUGGUUUUCAUUUCCCCCCUCCCUCCUUCUGUUUCCUUUUUAUAAAUAUAUACAUAAAUAUAUAUAUAUAUAUUUUGUUGUUGUUGUCGCAAAACUCUUGUCACUGGGAAAGAGCAAUUGAUUCCGGUGGGGGGGAAAAAAAUAAAAUAAAUGAAAAACACACAUACAAAAAAAAAACAAAAAACAAAAAACAAAGCAGAGAAAGGCACGCUAGAUCUCCCCGAUGUAAAUUUGUACAGUAACAUUUAUAACGUUUUCUACACUUUAAGAAAGUAUUUAUAAUUUCCGCUGUCUGACUGAGUGCGACCCUCCGUGACCGCAGAGUGGUGAGCCCUUGUCCCCGUGGUUUGUCGUGCAGUGUUUGGUGAGGUGACGGUGUAUGAAUUAUUUAUGCCAAUA